CUUUUAACAGAACUCAGACUUUACCCAACAAAGACAAGGUAGGCUAUACUUUGCAUUUAACGUUUCAAUAAUACAUUUGGGAUCAAAACAACUUCAGCUGCAAUCCAAAUGUACUAUUUGACUUCUUAUGAGCCAUGUUGUGAUUUAAGGUUAUAUGCAUGGACAAAUAUGGAGUCAAUCAAAGUGUCAGCUAUAAGCAACAACCCGUUUUUCAUCUAUUAAUAAACAACUAUUAUCACUGUUCAUGAAUACACGACCAGACUUUAUGGAAGCUGUUGUAUUCCAUGGAGAUCAAGUAACUUCACUAAAAUUAACAGUAGCAACAUAACUCGUUCUGUAAGAGUUUGUUACAUUUUACUUGCACUCGUCUUCAAGCUACUCUCCCCUCACAGCACACAGAAAAAAAGUAUUUUAGGGUACUAUUUUACACAACAUCUUGGUCUAAGCAUUCACAUGACCAAGUUGUUAGUUUCUGUCUUGUCAGACAAUGUGGCAAAAUAAAGAGGAAAUCGCUUGAUACUCUCUUAAGUGUUUCUUAUUCACGGGGGUUUAUUUAAAAAAGAUUUAGUCUGAGUUCAAAUAGCGCUGUCCAUGGUGCUACUUUUUGCAACCCUGGGGUUCAACGCCGUUGUGCCGCCAACCCGCUCUUUAAUUAAUGCCCUCUGGAACAUUCUCAACAGUACAGGGCAACGUGACAUCAGAAGCUCGUUGCUUAUAUUGAGACAGCCUCGCCAUUGUGUUCAAACAAUCUUUGGUUUCACUGCCAUACACUCAAACAGUAUUUUAACAGUGAAGUGAAAAUAGCUCUUACGAAAUUAACAUGUUGUUAAAUGGCACUCUCUGUGGUGCUGAAUAAGGCUUGUAAUAUAUGGUUUCUGCGCUGUUCUACUACGAAAGAAGCACAUUUUAUGUAUCAUUGUUAGCUUAUUUUUCAGAAAAAAUACUUUAUAUUUCAUUUUAAUCCACGAGUAAAUAUUUUAGUGAUUAUUGUUUUUUCUGGUUCAUUACAGUCUUUUAAAUUUGUGGUGGCUUGUCUGGCUUUGGAAAUGCCCAUCAAUGGAUGGUUGUUGCAGCAUUUAUCUAAAUGUUAAACAUUGGUAAUGAAACGUGUGUACGUGAUGACAUUUUAACUAAUGGUUCAUGAUUUGAGGUCAAUCAUCAUGCGAUGUUAGACUGAAUUUGGAUAUCCUAACAUUAUUUGUGUACAUGGCAAAUUAACUGACCACGCAUAGAUAGAACUUACCCAUCAUUCACCACAUGAUGUCGUUGGAGACCAUAGAUUGAAAUGUCCCCGUAUAUCCAAGACUCCUCCUCCGUUGAUGGUAAAAACGAAAUCGUCAUCGGUCAUUUUAAACUCGGCACUCGAUGGUGUUGUGACGAGAUAGCUGGAUCUUAAACGGAGCAAUUUGCUUUUGAAGGAUUUACUAAUACAAAGGAUUCAUGAUUUACUCGGUUCAGGUCUUUUAUUGCACCAAGGAUGUAUGUGCCACGACAAAAGGAACGCGCCUGGAUUCAUAUUGUUGCGCUUCUUUGUCUUUGUGACUGGUCCGUCUCUCAGAUAUCUUACUCAAUUUCCGAGGAGGUGAACAAAGGCACCGUGGUGGGGAACAUCGCAAAGGAUUUGAACCUUAAUGUGCAAGAAAUAGAAAACAGGGACCUCCAAAUCGUAUCGGGUUACAAGAAGAAAUAUUUUGAUGUGAAUUUACGCACCGGGAACCUCUUUGCUGAAGAAAGAAUAGACAGAGAAGAGUUUUGUCCUAAUACGGUAAAAUGUACCUUGAAAUUACAGGCCGUUCUAAAAAAUCCAAUGAAUGCACAGCGUAUUGAAGUAAAUGUUUUAGAUGUAAACGAUAACUCGCCAGUAUUCAUUGAUCAAUCACAUUUACUUAAUAUCUCAGAAUCCUUGUCACCGGGAGAGCGAUAUCUUCUCCCAAUAGCAGAAGAUGCGGACAUAGGAAGCAACACAGUGAAGACGUACAAGCUGAGCCAAAAUGAAUAUUUCUCGCUUGAUGUGCAGAGCGGUGGAGAACACGGAGUGUCUGCUGAGUUAGUGCUGCAGAAAGCUUUAGAUCGAGAGAAACAGUCGGUGAUCACACUUGUCUUGACAGCUGUUGAUGGAGGUAAACCUGCUAGAUCAGGAACGUUGCAGUUAAUUGUUAAUGUUUUAGAUGUCAAUGACAAUACACCCACUUUCAGUAAAUCUCUUUAU